UGCCAAGGGGGUCCUUUUUGGUACUUUCAUUAACAAAAAAACCGACCUGCAAGAAGUUGAAUUAGACAUUUAUUAUCUCUCCUCGGAAGAGCUCUUUCGCGAUUUAUCAGGUAUUAUCACAAGACAUGUCCAAAGGCAAGAUAACGUCAUGCACAGUACGUCAUUCUGGACUGAUAACAAGAAUUUCCGCAUGAUUUUAAAACAAAAACGAAUCUGGAUGUACUACGAAGUGUUCUAAAAGAAAUGGUACAGGCCAUAAUUGAUGAAUUUUUACAACCUGAUGUCAAUGGACUAAUUGCCCCAGAAGAUUGAAGAAGGGUUCAAAUAAAUUAUAACCAAUGACUCAUCUCUGUGUUCAUUCAUGUUAUUUUGUUCAAUAAUUGUAACAAUUUAAAGAAUAUUUAUGGGAAUGAAAUUUACAAGAGUGUGAAGAGUUAUAAGCUCAAAAUCUUCUAAAGAGAGGAGCCUUGUUCAUACCUCCAUUUUCUCGAAAGAAGAAUAUGAAAGUAAUUUGUUGAGGAUGAUAGGUGUAUAAUUGUAGAGUUAACAAUACAAGUAAAUAAUGUCAUGAAAAUUGAACAUGAGUGAAUUAACAUGGAAGAAAUCACAACUUUGUAUGAAUCAACAAAGCUGAGUUCCUAUUCCACAGUUGUUGCUACCUUAAAUGUUAUAUAUUAUAAAAAAAUAUAAUACUACUUGUGAAAUUAGGGGUACUUAAGAUAUUUAUUAAAUAUUUACAAUUAUUUGAUUGAUAAAUCAUCUCACAAUACCUGUAAAAGAUAUUGAUCUUUGCUUUUUAGGAAACAAAGAAAAUAUUGUUACCCUGUAAACAUUCCAAAAUGUCUGGUCAUUUUUGUUGACAUCUGCCCUCACAAAGUGUCGCCAUUUAUUGACUGCCUGUGUUGCCAGUUAUUUAUAUCUGUGAAUUUCAGAAAUAAGUUAAUAUUUAUUAUAAUUAAUUAUAUUAUUUGCUUUACAGAAUUUUUUAUGUUUGUAUUUUUAAAUGCUUUUAUUUGUAUUAAAAGAGAUGGUCAUAUGUGCCUAUGGGGUCAUCCAUAAAUUACAUAAUGCUAAAGAGGGUGGAAGGGGGUUUGAGGAAACAUAAAGCUGCUUUACAUUGGGAAAGGAAGUUAAGUGUUACAUGACAUUGAUUUUUAAAUUUUCAGCAUGUGCUGAAAUAAUUCCUUUUCUUGAGACUCAUUCUAAAACAUUAAAAUAUUAACUAAUUAAUUUGUUUUAAAAAUAUAAAUUACUUAAAUGGAUUAGAUGUUAAUUGUUACAAUAAUUAGAAAUAUUUGUUCAACAAUUUUUUAUUGACUCUGUAAGAUAACUAUGAAAAUAUUCAAAACUUAUGUUUACAAUAUUCUAAAAUCCAUUUAAAUUGGCACAGUAGACUUUCACUCAUGUGUCAUCCAUGACAGUGCAUCUACAACUUGUGAUCAAACAUCUUCUCGCAUAUGCAUCCUUCCUUCACUCACAACUUGUGCCAAUCUCAUAGUAAGAUGCAGUCGGUUUCACCAACUAAUUUCUACUUUAAUUAUAAUUAAUUUUAAUGUACAACACAAGUAAAAUAAAUGCAAAUUGUUUUUACUGUGCGAUAAUUUAUUUUCACUUCUUGCAUUUAUGGGAGAGGGGGGUUCAUGCAUUAUGUGGUUAUUUAGAAGGGGGCUUUACAUAAUUUAUGGAUGGACCCUAUUUGAAAAUAAUUCAAGGUUAUUUAAAUAUUCAGCAUUAAUCAAUGAUUCAAAUUUCUAGAAUAUCUCGAUUUUGUUCACCUUUUCAUUUAUUAAGUUCACUUAUCCAAAGAAUAAUAAUGCUAGGCAUUGAGAACAUUUACAAUAUUAACAUUAGAUAUUGAGACCAGGUUUCCAAAGUUAUUAAUGAGAUAAACAAACAAACCAAAAUCUGACUGUGUAACAUGAAAAGGGGGAGAAAAACUUGAUGAGAAUUAUUUCUCAUCCAGAAUCCUAUUGAAAUCAGUGAUCCUCUGAAUUUUUUGAAAUGUUCAAUAUACUUUAUCUAUACUUCAAGUAAUCAAGGAAUAAAACUAUUUGAAUAACAUUCAGAUUUCAAUCAUACAAUAUUUAGGAUUCAGCUUUUAAUAACAAAAUAGUUUUGAUUUUGAAUCAGUUACAAAUGUUUUUUAAAAAAACAUGUUUGUUUCUUUCUUUCUUAGUUUCUCACAUAUUCACUGCAUAUUAACUAAUUAUUACCAAAGUUCAUGACUAAGAUUUGUUUCAAUUUCUGUAGGAAUUUUUUAUCAUAAGAGCCACAUUUUGAUAUGUGGCAUAACAAGUUAUAUAAAAUGCUGAAGUUCAUUUAAAAGCAGUAACCUUUCAUUCAGUUUUGGUUCCAGCAUAUAUUUAUUGAAUAUUAUAUUUAAUGAAUGAAAAAAUAACGGGUUUGUUUUCAAUUUAGUCGUUUUUUCAACAGUUAUUAUUUCAGUUUGACCCCUUGAAGUAAUAAAUAUCCUGAAUAUAGGUUUAAUGUGAACUGUUUUUUUGGUAGAGAUUUUUCCAGCCAAGUCAGUUAUCUUCUACACCCCAAUGGGGUGCAUCUGGGACUAUUAGACACUAAUAUGCAGGCCCUUCAGAUCUGGGAUUGCUCCUAAUACCAGAAUGUGAGACCCUUGGUAAAAGAGAUAAUGAAGAAACAUUCAUGCCCAGACUCGGAUUUUUAUCCUUGACCCUUUGGACCAAGCCAAGGAGUCUGUACUUACCCAUCUUGGCUCUGUUGAAAUUGAUUGAACCAAAAGAGGUAUUUUUCUUUAACAUAAAAAUUAUGAAAAUCUGUUUAUACAUAGCUUCUAUUUUGGAUUCCCAUUGGUUGUAACACACUCAAAUGCUGGAAAUUGUUUAUGCAGAAUUGUGUAUAAGCUACUUUUGUAAAAGUUCUAGACUUCCAAGGCAUCACCAAAAACAUGGCAUCCUUACCUUAUAGGUUUUCAGAAUUUUGGUCGAAACUUGUAAAGGUUUAAAUUCAUUUCAAUAUUUUGUUUAUUUUAAUGGCUAUAAUGUAUGUUUGAUAAAAUCAUUUAUAUUUUUAUAUCAGAAACUAUUAUUUGAAAUUAUAAUUUUGAUGUACUAUUAUUUGAAACUAACAAGGUUGUUAAAUGGAAAUAGUAAAUUUUCUGAUAAACGUUGAAAUGUAAUCUCUUUAAAGUUAGAAGUGGUAACAUAUCAGAAGUGAAGCUGUCUUUUGACACACUUGUUAUUAAUUUUUGUUUUUUGUGAUUUUCAUUAAAUAAAAAUGUAUAGAGUUUA